GGUUGUAAUAUAACUCGAAGUUAAGGGCUGAUGUGGAUGAAAUAUCCAACGCGGCUGCUCUAAUUGGACCUAUAACUAUUCUCCCUUCUCUUUGUUAAUGUGGACCCACUUCUCGGGUCCCACAUCCUAAUUAAUAUACACAUAUAUAUAUUAAUAUUUAUAAUUAACCAUAUAUUAACAAUUCUAGCCCAUUCAGAAACUCAUUUACUAGAAAGAAUCUCUUUCUCUCUCUCUAACCGCCGUCAUCGAUCGGUAUCUCCUCCGCCGUUCCCCCAUUUUCCACGGCGCAGAAACCUUACAAAUCGUAUUGAAAACGCAACCGUCGACCAUAAUUUCCGAUAUUAUAGAUAGGCUUAAUCAUGGAAGUCGAACCUCAGAAUUCGGAAGUCCCUGUUACAAAGGUAGUUGAGGAUACUGGAAAUGAUGCCAAUGGCGAUAAGAUAACGAAUGGGGUUACUCAAGUAGGAAAAGAAAUUAAGAACGAUGAGGAGGACAAUGCUCUGGACGGGGAGUUCAUAAAAGUAGAAAAGGAGCCUCUGGACGCGAAGGAUACUCAUCCAGCCAAAACAUCAUCCUCAGAGGAAGAUAAACCAACUAUUGUUGAAAGAACUUCAAGCAAUUCAAGCAGAGAAUUAUUGGAGGCCCAAGAGAAGUCAAGAGAUCUUGAGCUUGAAAUUGAGAGAUUAGCUGGAAGUUUGAAAGAUUUAGAGUCAGAUAAUUCAAGGCUGCAGAAUGAGGUAUCACUCACAAAGCAGAAGCUUGAGGAAAGUGAAAAGAAGUUUGAAGUUCUUGAACUCGAUCACAAGAAAUCAAAAGAGCAAAUUGUUGAAUCUGAAGAAAAACAUAGUUCGCAGCUCAACAGUUUGCAAGAAGCAUUGCAAGCUCAAGAAGCGAAGAACAAGGAGUUGAUAGCGGUGAAAGAAGCAUUUGAAAGUUUAACCAAUGAUUUUGAGAAUUCGCGCAAGCAGAUUCAAGAGUUGGAACAAAAACUGAAGGUCUCUGGAGAUGAUGCAUCGAAAUUUGAAGAGCUUCAUAAACAAAGUGGCUUGAAUGCUGAAGCGGAGGCAAACAGAGCAUUAGAGUUUGAGAGGCUUCUUGAAUCAGAAAAACUGAGUGCAAAAGAAAAAGAAGAUCAAAUCUCUUCCCUGCAAGAAAAAAUCAAGGACUUAAAUGACAAGAUUGCUGAAAGCCAAAAGGUCGAAGAAGCACUUAGAACUACAGCAACUGAGCUUUCUGCUGUCCAGGGAGAUCUAGAGCUUUCAAGAACUCAAGUGCUAGACUUGGAGAAGAAACUUUCUACAAAGGAAGGUUUAGUUGAAGAAUUGACUCAGGAACUGGAAACCCGAAGGGCUUCAGAAUCUAAGAUAAAGGAAGAUAUUUCAGCCGUUGAAAGUCAUUUUGCUUCAGCUAAAGAGGAUCUUCGUGUAAAGAUGUCUGAACUGGAAGAAAUAAGGUUGAAGCUUCAGGAAGAAAUUAACCAAAAGGAAUCUGCUGAAUCUGCUAUAAAAACACUGGAAGCACAAGUCUCUGAUAUUCAAAAGGAACUUGCUGCAGCUAUCAAAGAUAAAGAAGAGCUUGAAGUGACUGUAGCAGAUCUCUCUAGCAAUGCCAAACAAUUGAAAGAUUUAUGCAACGAUCUUGAGGAAAAACUGAAGCUUUCAGAUGAGAAUUUUGGGAAAUCUGAUUCUCUUUUGUCUCAAGCUCUGUCCAACAAUAAGGAGUUGGAAGAGAAGUUGAGGAAUUUGGAGGAUCUCCAUAAUGAAACUGGAGUUGUCGCUCAAACUGCCACUCAGAAGAAUCUUGAACUUGAGGAGAUUGUCCGUGCUUCAACUGCCUCAGUGGAAGAUGCAAAUUCAAAAUUAAGAGAACUCGAGACCCGAUUUAUAUCAGCAGAACAAAAGAAUGUGGAGCUUGAACAACAGCUAAAUUUGUUACAAUUGAAAAACAAUGAUGCUGAGAGAGAAGUGACUGAAUUAUCUGAGAAAAUAAAAAAACUUAGUACUAAGUUGAUCGAUGUCGAGGAAGAAAAGCAGCAGUUGAAUGACCAAAAGUUGGCAUAUCAGGAUAAAGUACUUCAACUGGAAUCUGCAAUAGAGAAGUCAACGUCACAGCAUCAAGAGCUGGAGAAGGAGCUGAAAACCACAAUUGGGAAAUGUUCUGAGCACGAAGAACGAGCUAACAUGAAUCAUCAACGUAGCAUUGAACUUGAAGAACUUAUCCAGACAUCUCACAACAAAAUUGAAGCAGCAGAUAAAAGGGUGAGUGAGUUGGAGUUGUUGCUUGAAGCAGAAAAGUACAGAAUUCAAGAGCUUGAGGAACAGGUAAGUACUUUAGAAAAGAAAUGUGGGGAUGCUGAAGCAGAAACCAAGAAAAAUUUUGACCAGGCAGCUGUCCUGGCAUCUGAAAUCAAGUCAUAUGAAGAACAAGUAGCAAGCCUUGAGACUGCAUUGCAUGCGGCCAAUGUAAAGGAAAAAGAAAUAACUGAAUCGCUGGAUAUAGCAACAGAAGAGAAGAAAAAAUUGGAAGAUGCAUUGAACUUGUCCAGCAGUAGGCUGGCUGAAUCAGAAAAUUUGGUGGAAGUUAUAAGAAACGAUCUGAACAUUACUCAAAAGAAACUUGAAAGUAUUGAGAGCGAUCUCCAAGCUACUGGUAUCAGGGAGACUGAAGUGCUGGAAAAGCUGAAAUCUGCGGAGGAGAAACUAGAACACCAAUUACAAACAAUAGAGCAAACUACUACAAGAAACUUAGAACUUCAGUCGUUACAUGAGUCAUUAGCCAAGGACUCUGAAACUAAAAUGCUGGAAGCUGUAGCGAAGUUCACCAACAAAGAAUCUGAAGCUACCUCUCUAGUGGAGAAAAUCAAAGUUCUUGAAGAACAAAUAAAAGCUUAUGAAGAUCAGAUAUCUGAAACCAAUGGAAGAUCUGUAGCAUUGAAGGAAGAAUUGGAUCAGACUUUAACAAAAUUGACUUCUUUAGAUAGUACGAAUGGUGAACUCAAGAAGUAUAGUUCGGAAAUUGAAAACAAAGUUGCUCAGAUUUCUUCGGAGAAUGAAUUAUUAGUAGAUACAAACAUUCAACUGAAAACAAAGGUUAAUGAACUUCAGGAGUUACUGAGCUCUGCUCUUUCUGAAAAGGAAACUUCUGCUCAAGAGCUUGCUUCUCACAAGAGCUCUAUUGAUGAAUUAACAGAAAAGCACUCGAGAGCCAUAGAGUUCCAGUCUGUUACGGAAGCACGUCAAGUGGAGAUGGACCAGAAAUUACAGGAAGCCAUUCAAAAGUUUGAUCAGAGAGAUUUCGAGGCUAAAGACUUGAGUGAGAAACUGAAGACAGCUGAGGAGCAGAUAAAAUUGUUUGAAGCAAAGAGUCUGGAAGCUUCUGCAGACGCUGAAGCUCACAAGAGUCAGCUAGAAGAGACUCUUUUGAAAGUAAAGCAACUUGAAAGCAUAGUGGAAGAGUUGCAAACCAAGAAAAUUGAUGCUGAACAGGAGAGUGCAGGGCUAAACGAGACGAAGUUGAAGCUAACUCAAGAACUGGCCUUAAUUGAAUCUAAUUUGAGUGAUCUCCAGACCAAGUUGUCAGCUGCAAACGUUGAAAGAGAUGAAACUGCUGAGCGGCUUCAGAUAGCAGAGGGUCAGAUUAAAUUGGUUGAAGCAAACGCUCUGGAAGCUUCUACAAAUGCAGAAGCUCAUAAGAGUCAGCUCGAAGAGACUCUUUUGAAAGUCAAGCAUCUAGAAAGCACAGUAGAAGAGCUGCAAACCAAGGCAGUCAAUGCUGAAAAGGAGAAUGCAGGAUUAAGUGAGGCAAAUUUGAGACUUACUCAGGAAUUAGCCUCAUAUGAAUCUAAUUUUAGUGAUCUCCAGACCAAGUUAUCCGCUGCAAACAUUGAAAGGGAUGAAACUGCUGAACGACUUCAGACAGCAGAGGGCCAUAUCAAAUUGGUUGAAGCUAAGGCUCUGGAAGCUUCUUCAGACGUUGAAGCUCACAAGAGUCAACUCGAAGAGCGCGUUUUGAAAGUAAAGAAUCUCGAAAGCAUAUUAGAAGAGCUGCAAACCAAGGCAAUUAGUGCUGAAAAGGAGAAUGCAGGAUUGAAUGAAGCAAAUUUGAGACUUUCACAGGAAUUAGCUUCAUAUGAAUCUAAUUUGAGUGAUCUUCAGAACAAGUUAUCUGCUGCAAAUGCUGAAAAGGAUGAAACUACUGAACGACUUCAGCUUGCAGAGAAGACUGUAAAUGAGUUGAAAUCACAACUGGCUUCUGAAGAACAAAGGCUACAGUCUCAGAUCGCUUCAAUUGUGGAAGACAACAACGUCCUCAAUGAGACAUACCAGAAGACCAAAAACGAUUUUCAGUCAGAGAUAUUACGGCUAGAAGAAAAAUUGAAAGAACAGAGCAAAGUAGAAGAAUCAUUAAGAUCUGAAAUUGAAAAUCUCAAGGCAGAUAUUGCGGAGAAUAAUGGUUUAAAAAUACGCCACAAGGAGCUUGAAGACGAGCUAAGUAAAUCUGAAGCUCUACGGAAAGAUGAGGUUGAAAGUGUCCGGGCAACCGCUGCUGGAAAAGAGUCAGAAUUGAUUUCCAAAUUGGAAGAUUAUGGACUAAAAGUCCAAGAUAGAGAUCAACUCAAUGAACAAGUACUUCAACUUCAGAAAGAAUUGCAGGUAGCAAAGGCGGAAAUUGCUGAACAGAAAGAGAAAGAUUCUCAAAAAGAGUUCGAACGAGAGGAUUCACUUAAGCGGUCUCUUCAAGAUCUGGAAGCGAAGGGCAAAGAAAUUCUUGCUCUAGAAACACAAAUCAAGGACCUCCAGCAGAAAUUGCUCCUGGCUGAGGCUAAGCCUAUAGAAAAGGCUGACGGAGGCAGCUCGACGGAGUCGAAGGACGGAGUAGAAAUCAAAUCUCGAGACAUUGGAUUAAACUUUUCAACUCCAACAAAAAGGAAACACAAGAAGAACAGAGAGGCAUCAUCAGCAUCAACACCAUCUCCAUCUCCAUCUGCAUCUGCUGCCGAAACACAUACUCAAAUUGCUGAGGUUUCUUCAGUCUCCUCUUUGAAGUUAGUUUUGGUAGUAGCUCUCGUAUCCGUUAUACUUGGUAUAUAUCUGGGGAAAAGGUAUUAAACAUUUGUGGUUUUCGAUUUUUUUUUUCCUUUUUUUUUUUUUCAAUCUUCCCCCCCUUGUUUUUUUUUUUCUUUUUUUUCCUCUUCAUGAGCCUCUUUUUGUUUCUUCUUUCAAAUUUCUUUUUGAGUUUUAAGGUUUUUCUAGUUGGCUCGGGAAUUUGAUUUUUAUUUUUCCAUCCCCAGCCAGCAUGUAAAAACAAAUACAAUUGGUGAUACGUCCUAAGUUCUCAAGUGUGUAUUUAUAUAUUGUAUGCUCAAAAGCGUUGCAGAUGUCAUGUAUGUACUUCUUUGUAAUGCAUUUUAUAAAUCAUUAUAUAGUGGAGGUAUUUUAUUUUUUUUA